CUAUCAUUUCCAUCACCGCUCCGCGCAUUUGCCUCAACCAAGCAUCGUUAUGCCUCCCCGUCGCGCUCCAUCUCGUGCAUCGGUACCUCCUUCACGGCCAGGGAGCCCUGCUGAUGAAGACACCCCAUAUUUCGAUAGCGUAGACGAAUUGCAACAGCAGGGUAUCAAUGUACAGGACAUCCUCAAACUGAAGGCAGCCGCGAUCAACACCGUAUCCGGUGUCAAUAUGACAACCAGGCGCCACCUGCUUAAGAUAAAGGGAAUGUCAGAAGCGAAAGUCGAGAAGAUUAAAGAGGCAGCCCAUAAGAUUCUUGGUUCAUCAUUUGCUACUGGGAUUGAAGUCCAGGACAAGCGGCGGAGAGUCCUCGUUAUUAGUACUGGGAGCAAAUCUGUGGACGGCAUUUUGGGCGGUAAGAUUCUAUUUUACUUGUCCUCGAAAUCUCAUUGGAAGUAGGAGGUAUCAUGUCACAAUCUGUGUCUGAGG